GGAAGGAAGAGAGGAAGGAAGCAGGGAGAGCGGAGCCAGUGAGAGACAGUCUCUGACAUGUGUAGGACAUCUUUACCGCACAUACUAACUUCACCAUUUCUAUAGGAUUUCUGGAGGGUUGUGGAGGCGCUCACACCCGAGUGAAUGCAGCAGUUUGUCGAUUGGAAGAUUGAGGAAAAGAGAUGGGGAGCGUUUCUGUCAGGUAAGAUCGUUUCUGCUCGAUUUAAAACUCAGACGCGGUUUCUCCACGGGGGAAAUGAGCAGUAUAGUAUUUCUGUCUUAAGACGUCUUUGUAGGAAACAAAGUGAGUCAAAGUAUUUGGUCAGGGCUUUGUGUUUUGUUUACAAUGGCGUCGAGUCGACCACAGCGCCUGAUUAGCAGUUCAUUAAGAUCCACGUUUUCUCGUCAAACAGAGGCAGACAGGUAGAGCUGACAGCCUGCAGGUGUCUCUUGUGACACCAUAAAGGAAAACAGAAAAGAAAAGGAGCUGAAUGUAACUGUAAGGUAUGGGCUGCAGUUAAGAAGUCAGAUUCAGUCAGGAGUUUACUAAUUCAGGCAGCAUAGGGUGGGCAUAGAGUAGUUUAAAGGUGAUUAUUCAUCCAUUUACAACAACAAAAUGCAAAAUAAGCAUCAGAUCUUUUCAGUAAAUGGUCACUUAACGCCUGUUGUUUAACAAUUUGAGUUAUUUGAUUGCUUUCUUUGUAUAAAAAUUGUUAAAACCGUAGCUUUGUGUCAGAUAUAGAGAGGGUACAGCUUGUUUGUUUGUUUGUUUGUUUCCGAUAAAGCCAGGAUAGUUUUUUACCUUUUGUUUUAUACAGUCUGUAACUAAGUGGAUGCAAGCAGAUGCCAAAGGUGUUUCCCAGUUAACAAUAUCAUAAGGCCAGUAAGUAGUGGGAAACUGGUUUGCCCCGACCAGACUACAAGCAGCUACUCUGGGACUGAAAACAAAGAAAAGGAUUUUUAAGGCUAUAAAGCUUAAAUAAAACAAAAAAAUAAACGGCCCCUAAGAUUCCAGAGCUGGCACUUUUGCGGGCAAAAAGAGCAGCACCUGACAGUACAGUGCUCGACAAACAUCCAUCAAACAAUGAGCGUGGUCUAGACCUGCUCUUUUUCUUUGGAAAGCAUCCUGGGAUGAUGACUGUUGUGAAUUGGCACUACAUAAAUAAAAUUUGAUUGAUUGAUUUGAACAUGAAUAUAACAUUGAUUUAAAGCUCCUGUGAGGAACUUUCAGUUAGUGUCAAUUUGGCGCCCCCUAUGGAGAAAGUAGUCUUUGCUUAUCAUGUCCUUUACACGCCUAAGUUGUGACUUUUGACCAUGAAUCUCAUCCUGCUGACCUUGAAAAGUCAAAUGUAUCGUUCAUUGUAGAUAUUUAAUGUGUAAAUCCUAAAUACAGGGCUGUUUCUUCAGCUACUAGACUGACACCUACCCCCUUACACCAGUUUGAAGGUUUUAUGAUGAUUAAAAACAUCAUCAGUCUUGUCGCUGAUGGUGUUAUUUGUUUUUGUAAACAGAAGAAUAGGUCGCAGUUUGUUAAAGUUACCUAAUAAUAAGGAGGGUCUGGCCCUGUCCUAAGCGAUUGUUUGCCCAGCUUUCAUUCUUAGAAGCCACUAUUGAUUAUUCCUCCACUUCCAAAAAACCUGAUCUGAUUGUCCCUGGUGUUGCUCUUGCUAUACAGACUUAAUUCUGGUUGUUUUAAGAUUUUGACCAAUCAGACUCCAGUAUUUGUUUGCAGAGAUUCGUUUUGGCAAAACAUUAUUGACUGCAGACUCUUUAAUCCUUGAAACCAGCUGCUGCUUUUGCAAAAAUAGAGUCCUGUUCCUCCAGAAACAACACACAGUAUUUGGUAUCCCUUUUUAUCAGAGCACCUGCAGACUGAUGCCAUACCUUUUUGUUUUCAUCGAUUUAAAAAAAGUUACAAAACGAAUGAAAUGUACCCUGUUUUAUUACCUCUGCAGCCAUCUUGCCCUUGAAGAGAUUAGAAAACUGGGAAAGUUGAAUUCUACCUUAAAUGUUUGGCAUUAUUCAGGCAUGUCUGUGCUACAGAAACCAGGAUAUCAUAAAGCAAUAACAACACCUUCCAAAUCAGGGCAGAAAUAUAAUGACUACCCUCCUGUGACCACAAAAAUUCAGCAGGUUUCUGAGCUUUCUUUCCUCUUUCGGUUGUAUAGAUUUAAUUGGCUUGACUUGACUUGGCUUCUGUGGAAACAACAUGUCAGUGAAGUGCUGUAAAGACGCUGAGCCUGGUCUUGGUUGCUGCAGCAGCAGCGUCCCUACAGGCUACAUGCCAGGUUCAGAGGGCUUUGUAAAUACCACAAGUAAUGACAAGAAUGUAGACAACUUCACUUCUCUGUGUCAGCUCUCAUCACCAUUGUCCUCAGUGUCCUGCUAAAACAACAAAGCUCUCCUCCUCUUUUUCUUAUUUUUGGUUUCUGACACUGGUGAGCUGAGUGUGCACAUGUGUCAUCCACCUUCAGGAGGGCAGAUCUUCCUAGAAUGAUGAGGCCAAAUCAGGUUGAUUCCUUGAAACGCAUCAGCUGGCUGUUCUUAGUUUUUAUGAUUCACGUUAGCUCACUGAAUCAUACUGUCAGCAGUCUCUCGUGUUAUAUCCAAUAGCACAGCAGUGAGGCUUUUUUAAAUCAGUGAAAAUCUGACAGAUGUGGCUGGUGUUUGAUGAGUCACAGACUUGAAACGCGGAGCGGUGUGCUCUCCCACCACUGAGUUCACUUUGCCACCGAAGCCUUUGACAUUCCUUGUCUGGAUUCCUGGAAGGUUAUUCGUUCAGAGGUUGAAAAAUCUUGUAUGCCUUUUUCGUUCAUUUUUUUGUUCUCACUUUUAUACUCAGCGACUACAGUGGUGUGAAUGUUGCUGUUUCAUCCUGCAGGCUUUUAUCACUUCCCCGCAGUUAUUUAAAUAAUCAUUAUUUCACCACAUUCAGUCUCUUUGCAAAGGCAAUGGGCUUUAAAAAAUUACCACAAAUCCCCUUAUCUGUAAUGAAGAGAUUUUAAACCAAACUGAAGAGAACAGAGUUCAGCCAAGUCAAUUUUUUAGUCUUCUUUGAUAUUCAAAUCCUCAAUCUGAACUACUAUGCUAAUUUUUCUUCCCAGAAGUGAAAAAACACACUUUAUGUAAGAAUACAUAAAUAUAAUUUGUCAUGAAUUGGAUUUGGAACCAGACCAAAACUGUAUGGGGUUUAAACUUUACCACCAAGUUUCAUUAAAAUUGAGGCAGUAUUUUUUUUUUCCAUUGCUUAAAACAAGCAGCAUAACAGCACCCAAAAUAUCCUCAUGAAAUAAUGAGUUUUAUAUGUCCUUAAAGCUCCAGUUGGUGUUUAUUUUGGUGCCCCCCUGUAGAAUGAUUGACACCAGUUAUGUAAGGCUUAUCUUUUCCUGCACAUGUGUUAAAAGCUGUGUCCUGAAAAAGGAAUCACUUCUUGUUGGAGAAUUUUUUUUUCUACUUUGCUUUAAAUUACCUUCUCCACUUAAUGUCAGUAUUGAAAAUAGAAUAUCAAAUAAAACACAACACCACAUGGAUCUGUGGAAAUAUCAUAACCAAUAAUAGAUUAUUCAUUUUGGAAAGAUUGUUUUUGCAAUGACAAAAACAACACCCUAAAUAUAUAUUCAUAAUUUUAGUAUUAUAUGGAAUAUGUCAGGAACAUAUACAGGCAUUAAAAUUGUCUAACAUGCCAAACAUUAACAUGCAGAGAGGAAUCAUUAUAAUACUCUCUGCCUAACUUAGUCAAUCAAUCAAUCAAAUUUUAUUUAUUUAGCGCCAAUUCACAACAGUCGUCAUCCCAAGACGCUUUUCAAAGAAAAAGAACAAGUCUAGACCACGCUCAUUGUUUGAUUAAUUGUCGAGACCCAACAUUAAGAUGGGACAGAUUUGACGGAUCUAACAUGAGUGACAGAGGCAAGGAAUAACUUCCUUUCAACAGGCAGAAACCAUGGGAAGGACCAGACUCAUGUUAGACAGCCACCAAGCCGCUGCUGGGUUGGGUAGAAAUACAGAGAGAGAUAGGAAGGGAGAGAGAGAGGAGUAGGAGAGAGGGCAGGGGGACAGAAAGAGAGCAAGGGAGAAGGAAGGAGAGAGAGAGCGAGUAAGGGAGAGGGAGGGAGAGAGAAAAGAGAAUGAGGGUGAGAGAGAGAGAGAGAGACAGGGGACAGCAGCAACAACAGCUCAUGCAAACUCAGACCCUUACUCAGACUCACAGCGUCUAUUUUUCUUCAUACUUGUUCUUAUUGGUUUAAAAUAAAAGCUUAUCCACAAAGUCGGGUAAAGUUCAGAAAGGCAUAUGAGUCUUCAGACACUCAAUCUUUCUGUCGGCCAAAAAGAGACAUUACUGUCAACUUUAGUCUGUUAAAAACGUCACAGAAGCUUUAAGAAGAAUGGAAACAAACCGUUUACUUGACAAUCCUUUAGCUUUUGGUUUGUGUCAGUUUUUGCAACUUCUGUGGACAAAGUGAUAACGUUUAUCUCUGCUGAUUUUAUCCUUUACUUGUCAGCAGUAGUUUUUAAUAUAUUCAUCCAGGUGUCUUUUUACAGUCUCACUCACAGCUAAUCUUAGCUGUGGGAAAUUUCAAAAAGGUUGUUAAAAGUGCUUUCAUUUCUUUGUCUGACACUUCCCCUGCAGCAAUGUUAACAGGUCUAAAAAUACACAUAUGAGGCAAUUAAACAUCCUGUAACUAAUAAUCUUCUUGACUUUUGUAGAUCGUAGAGAGGCUGUAUUCUGGAUUUUAGUUUGGUCCGUAACCAGCUGAAAACUCACACACAUUAAUGAGCAUGGAUGCAUAAAUGUGCCAGGUUGUAGCCGUAGGCUAAUUUCUUUGACCAGCCAAAGAAUAAAAUAAUUAGUAUACAAUGAUCCAGUGAAUUUACAGUAGAGGUCCUUCAUGCUGGUCCCCACACACAAUAAAACAGAGGACAGUUGAAGAAGAAGCAGCAGAUGCAAGCGAGCAAGCUGAAGUAGCUCUCGGAGAGAUGAUUACACUUUUAAAACUGAUGUUUAAGAGCGCUUGACUCUUCAGGUCACUAAUCAACUGAAUAUUUACACUUUCUGACUGUUGUGUUUAACUGUUUCUUACCAUCUCACACUGCUUUUAGGCACUAAAAAAUAGGAUGUAAAAAACUCAAGUUAUGUCGCUGAUGGAUGUGAUAAAAAAGGCAUCUAUGUGAAUUUCACUUUUCUACGAUGAACAUAAAAAACUCUUUAAGUAACCUAAACACAAGACAGAAAACCUAUCAAAAUGAAAUAAUGACAAACAAGUUUUGGUCACAGGGCUGAUGAUAAAUAGAUUAGGAGAAUAUUGUGUUAUUGAUUGAGUUUGUGGAAUAAUGUACCGCUCUACCAUUGUCUCACCUUUGCUCAAUUUAAAUGAUUGUUUUUUUUUUAUCCAUAAUUUUCAUGACAAAUACGUUAUCCUGAUAUUUUAUAGCCCCUGUAAGUAUUUGUAAAUCUGAUACCUUGACAGCCCAAAUGUGCAUGCUUUACCUCAUGUUAUAUUUAUAUAUGAGAUAUUGAACCUUGCAAACAGGAUACUUAACUGUUCUGUCAAGAUAAUAUUGUGCAAACAAGAUAUGCACUUGUUCCCUCAUAAUAACUAUAUUGUGUGCAUAAAAAAUUAACAUGUUUUCACAGAUAACUAUAUUCUGCCCACAGGAUAUUGACAAUGUGCAAACAAGCUAUCAACAAGUACCCUCAAAAUAAUUACACAGUUUGUAGAAAAUAAAAUAACUUUUGUGCACAGCUAUUAAUCCCCGGCUUUCAUUCCUUUGUCAGCAGUAGAUAAUAAAGUGUCGUGUUUACACAAAAUAAUUAACUUGUUCCCACAAGAAAAUGACGUGAGUGUUUUCAUGAGGGAACAAGAGCAGAAAAUAAUCAUUCAUAGCAUAUAAACCUGAUGAAUACUUCCCUAUUUUGCUCUAGUCUCAAAUGUGAAGUGCUUAAUUCAUGACAAAUUGUUUCAAAAUAUUUUGACAAAGGUCAUGCUGUGAUAGGAGAAACGCGCCUCAUUAUUAAAUGAUUAUUUACUAAAAGAAAAAUACAAUUUAAUGGUAUUUUUAUCCUAUUUUUCUGCGUCUUAAAACAGACGAAACAUGAUCUGUUUCUGUUUACAUCAACACCAUACAAGCAUUACAACACCUCUUGACACACUUUCUGUUUCUAUCCAAACUUUAUAUAAGUGACACCAUAAAUUUUAUAAUGGGCGCUUGUUAUCAAAGGGAAAACCCAGAGUGUGAAAAUAUGGCCAGUCAGACAGAGCUGACAGAGCAGCAGAAGUUCCCUCUGUGUGGACACCACAGAGAUGAGCCACACUUAUCCAUAGGGGUUCAAGUAAAGGUAGAGAUAGUUAGUGAGUCCCAGUCCGAAAAGUGCUUCAGGUGUAGCCUUGCCCUGUGACUGAACCUUGACCCCAGGUAAUCCCUCCCCCGUGACAGCUGUAGAAACGCUCCCGGGCAUGAGUCCUCCCUCUCCCUCCCUCUCUUCUCUUUUCCUCUCCCUAUUACUGUGCAUGUCCCGACAUGCCGGCAAACGCAGAGAGGGGGAGGAGACAAAAAACAAAACAAGAAAAACCGGAGCGCAUGCAGACAGGGAAGACAGAAUGAGAGAGGUGUGAGACUGGAGGGAGCGUGAGAAAGGAAAUUUAUGACAGAGCUGCAGCUGCAAUUUGGGAUCCAUGUCUUGAAAUUUUAGGAGAAUCAGGACAGAAACUGAGAGGGGAGAAGGCUGUGGGCAUAAUUAGGAGACGGGGGAAGACUCAGUCAGGGAAGGGGUGAGUAACUGUGUCAUUUUAUCUAUAAGAAACAUGCUGUCAGUUCCUCUCUUGACUCAUUCCUCUCCCCUCUUCAGAUUCUGACUGAGCUGCUCCAAGGAGAGACAUGACGGGCGCUGGUAACCAUGGAUUCUCCUGUUUGCUUCGCUGCUACAAACAGAGCAACUAAAAGAUGAAGACAGGUCCAAAUUAGGAAGUGAAGAGGGGAACCAUUAACUCAUUAACCUUUUUUUGACUCCUCGUUUCGCAAAUAAGAGAGACCUGCUGGGAGCUGAUAAUGAUCGCCUGAUGCAACAUAACAGAAACUGACAGUGUGAGGAAAUACCACAGCUGUCACAAGCAAGAACUGACACCAGCUGGAGCUAAAAUUAAAAGUCAGAGUGGGAAAAAAAGAUGCUGGAGGAGCACGGGACAUGGAGUUCACAGCACUGAGUUGACAUCCAGGGGGAAAUGAGCAGCAGUGGAUUCAGCAGCCGCUGCAGCUUGCUCCAGGGCCGGCGUUUCUUCUGCCGGGAAUGGGCCCUGGACAAGCUGCGGGGCUGCCUGGAUGCCCGAUCCAUGCCGGGUCAACCUGCAGGGGUGCUGGUGACUGGGGGACCGGGUGCGGGGAAGACGGCCCUGUGUACCGAGGUGGUGUGGCCCACUUCCAAGGCAGGGAUGGAGGUCGGGCUGGCAUCACGCUGCCUGGCCUCUCACUUCUGUAACAGGGAGGACCAGAGGAGCACCGUGCUGUGGAGGUUCGUCCUCGGGCUGGUGGAGCAGCUGAGGGCCUCACCUCUCCUCCCUCCUGGGUAUGAAGACAUCCUCUCCAGCUCGACUGUGUCCUCUGCUCUGGAUCCUCUCACCUGUCAGAGAGACCCUGACAACACCUUCAAGAGGUUAGUAUCAGAGUUUUCAGACUUUUACUAAAACUCCUUCAGAAUUGAGCAUCUUUAUUUAUUUUAUGUCAUGUCUGGUUUGACAUUCAUGCUUGAUCUGAAGUUGGCUGAUCUUUCCUGAAGCAGCGUCAGAGGGAAAUUUCAAGGUUGCCAAAUGAGAGGGAGGAAUAAUAAUGUGACAGGCAUGAAAUUCAUCCAGGCAGCCUGCAUGUGUGUGCAUGUUCAAGACUGGAGCUCAUUCCCAGCUCAGCACAGCCGAAUAUACUGAAUAUGUGGCACCACUUACUGUGAAUGGUGAUACUGAAUUCUAAGCAGGAGAGGUCUGUCAGACGUGUCAGCAGGAAAACAAGGUGUUAGGCACAAUCAGCAGGAAUUAAAAGUCGGUGAAAACCUGUGAAACAAGUUCUGCUUUUUUGUUUUGAAAACAGUCGGUUUAAACAUGAGAACUGUGCUGACAAACAGACAUGAUAACCUGGAGCAUGGUUUUAUGUCAGGCACAUAAAUUAAGAGCUGAGAGAGCAGAGACACCCAAGUGACCUACAUUAGGUUUUAAAGCGUGCAUCGAGAGUGUCAUUGCUUCUUUAUCCAUCAUUUGUGUUUUUGUUGGUUUAUUGUUUAAAAGCUAUGUUGGCUGACAAGGCUAAUCUAUCUGCAACAAUCUAAAUGAUCUUUAUUGAGAGGUGUGUGCUGCAAAUUCAGCAACGGAAAUUCAAAUGUAAAUAAAAAAAAGAUGCAAAUCAACAAGACGCCAUCAAUAGCAGGCACACUCCAAACACAUUAACAGAACAAGUCCGUAAACACCAAAGAGAUCCACCGCAUUGAAAGCAUAGAACUCCACAGAUACUGUCUCUUAAUGAUAAAGUCUUGAUUUACAUAUUUGAAGAGACAUCUGCUUACAACAGCAAACACUUGCAGGUUUCUUAACACCUGUUUCUAGUUUUUCAAGUUAAUUGAAAAUGCUCCAGUUGGAAGUCUUACACUGCGAACUGCAGGCAACACUGGAAGCUGUGAGAAGUCGGCCAUCACUACUUCAGGCUAUGCUGUCAUCCGAUGAAAGCAGAUAAGCUCUGUGAUUGAUUUACUGCAUGGCUUACAGAGAAAGUGAGAGUAAAGACAGUCUCACUCUGUAAAUCACACCCACAGGAGAGAAAAUAAGUAUACUAUUGAACCAGGAAUACUGUGAAAUUAUUAUUUUUUAAUUGAGUUGAACAUGAGAAACAUGUACCCUAACCAUAACCUUGUAUUUUUUUCUUCUCUACGUUUUGACCUUCUGCCCACAUGUAAACAGAGUUGAAGGUCACUGAAAACAGAGGUUUUCAAUAACACCUGUUUAAAGUGGACAUUUUUGUGAAAUGCUGCCUUGGUGUCUUAAGAAGUUUAGAGAAAUGCUGACAUACUUGCACAUUGCAAUUGUUGUCACUUCUAUUCUGGACAGUAUAAGGAAUGCUAUUUCCAGCUGCCGCUCACUAAGGUUUUACACUGUGCGUAUGUGGACAGUGUUUUCCCAUGGUGCUUUCAUGUGACAGGCUGAUUAGACAUCGACAACUGAUGGUCUGGCAUGCCUAUGUGAGCAUUUGUAACUGUUUCUGUGUUGUCUUAUGGACAGAGACACGUCCAAAAAUACCUCUGAGCUGGACAGGACCUUUUUUGACAACAAAGAGAGGAAAAAUGUUUCCAAAAAUAUCUGUAUAAGUGUGAAGAGAUCAGGUUGCAGGAUCCUUAGUUUUUUAUGCAUUCUCUUUGUGCAAAUGACUCAAGUUGUAAUGCCUGUAAGGCUCCACUUUCUUAAUCGAAAUGUUUUACCCUAUUUAUUUACGUAUCCCACGAUACAGCUGCAUUUGUCUGCUGUUUGCUGGUGACAAGAGGAAACCCCCACAGUAUAAAAACAGCAGGUAGAGCCUCUCUAGAGUGAUGCAUUGAGAGUUUGGAACACAGUGAGACUGUUUUGCAGCUGUAAAAAACAGUAAUACGAAUGAAUUUGUCAAUACUUAGUGUUUGUAGCAUGAUGGAGAUCCUUCAGUGAUUUCUUUACAGGGUCAGUACGGACCUUUUUGGAGUGCUGACUUGAUUUAAGACUCCUCAAGAAUAAGAAGCAGAACUAAUCACAGGCAUUUGGUUCUUUCUUAUCCGUCAACUAGUUUGUCAAUGACACCAUAGUAUUAGCUUAUGCUGCGUUCCAGUUGUACUCUAAAGUCAGAAUUUCCAAGCUCCCAGUCAGAAAUUCAUCUGGAAUGCCCCGCUGAAGUUGGAUUUCUGACUCGGAAAGUCGGAUGAUCCUCACCAACCCCGACUUGACAACAACGUCAUAUUUCAAGCUCUCUUCAUGUAUUAUUUAUUGGCACUUCUGUUUUGCUUUUGUGAAAUUAAAUAAGUGGUAAAUGUUGUACUGCCCAACGUCUAACUGUGAACACGGUGCUAUGGUGUUUGUAAGAGUAAAAUAGUGUUAUGCAUUGUUUACAACUGGUAUAGCAAACAACAACUUACAACAGUUGACAACGGCUAACAACAGCUGACAAUUGUAAACAACAGCUAACAACGGGUAACUGUAGGCGUCCAUCUUGGUUUUCCGGCUUGUUAACUGGAACACUGUCAACUUGGGUGUAACGUCAUUCCCAGCUCAGACAUCCGACUUCUAAAGUAACUGUAACGCAGCAUUAGCCACCACACAGACCAGCUACCAGCAUAAUAACGGCAGAUGAUACAAGAAAGAGCUACACAUCUGCAUAUAAAGUGCACAUUGCUGAACGAUAAUCAAAAUAAAGUCUAUGAAUGAGGACAGUUAAAAUGUUUUUCCCUAAUGGCCAUCCCCACAAAAUCAGACCUAAAUACAAAGAAGACUCAUACUCUGGAUUCUAUGGUAGCUUACUGACAAAUUAUUACAGCUUUGGACUUUAGCAUGUAGAAAUAAACCAGGAAACACUAUUGUAGGGGCGCCAUACUAGUAAUUGCAGAUAAUGUGAGCAGCCCUGUAAUUGAACAACAGCAUAAAAGCUGACAUUCGAGGUUUAAACAGCUGCUGAUGUCUGUUAUGUUCUGGGAAAAUCUAUAUAAAAGCUUUAUGCCUGCACCCAUGUUCCCGUAAAUAGAGGCGAUGCUCUGCAGGUGUUUGUCCUGUCAACAUUCAGAGCGCUCCAAAGCUUGUAAAAUGUAAAACCAUCUGAAGCACAGAAAGAGGCCAUAACAGUCACAGGAAAAGGCCAGCAGCAGCUAUUCUUCCUCGUCUUAUAUUUAUUUCUCCUCUCAUUAUGCCGCCCAUUCACAGUACACACAAUGGGCCUCCAGUGUGAAUGAAUGCUACAGUGUUAUUUACGACACAACAUCCUUUCAGACCAGGGGAAAAAAAAAAAGAACAAAGAGGUGAAAAAUGCCUCCAGUACCCCAGUGACCAUCUCUGCACCAGUCAGUGAGGUCGCUUUCCUCUCCAGGACUUUUUCACUCUCUCCUGAUGUGUUUACUCUGCAAUGAGCCGGAGCUCUUUUACACUCCUCCUGUGUUUGCUCUCCUCUGGUGUGAAGUACCGAGCUGGAUUCCACAUUCCCCUCCGGCUGGCUCUUAUCCAGCAGCUGUUUGAGUUCGGAGCUCUUGUGAGAGAAAGUGGCUGCGGGCGGACUCUGCCAUGUGAGAACAGCCGUCGACAAACUGAUGAAACACAGGCUUGAACUGGCACUGAAAGGGAACACAUGGGACGAAUGCCUUGAACUGGCUGGUAGCGGGGUUGUAGUCAGCACAUCAUUAACUCUCCCAUGAACUUUUAUGUGGAGCCACUCCUACUGCCUGAAACCUUCUCCAGUUAUUUGUAGAGUUCAAAACGUUGGUUCCUUUGUGGACUGUAGGCUAAUCAAAGCGGCAGAAACAUCUUGAUGUGUUACUCUUUGAUAGUUUUCAAAUAUAGAGUUCAACUCACUUGACCAUGGAAAGAAAAAAAAAAAAAAAAGUCAGACUGGCUUGUAACACAUCUACAGUCGAGUAUUAGGGCCACAUUAAGAAAAAAAUUAAGACUUCGAGAUUAAAGUCAUUAAUUUACAAGAAUAAGACAUUACAAAGGAGAAUGAAGUUGUGCUAAUUGAUUACUUACAAGAAUAAAGUCGCAAUAAAAUAAUUUCUUACGAGAAUAAAGUCGUAAUCAACUACUACUUCUACUAUAAUAAUGUGGUGCUAAUGUGCCAAAAGAUUAAGUAUCCCCUCGUUUGAGAAACAUAUAUUGAAGUACAUUUGUACUUACUCACUUACUCUUGUAAGUGAUUACUUAACAACUUUAUUCUCGUCAAUAAUGAUUUUAUUACGACUUUAUUCUCGUUAUUAAUUACUUUAUUCUCGUAAGUUAAUGACUUAAAUCUCAAAGUCUUGAAUUUGUUUUCCUAAUGUGGCCCGAAUACUCAAUAUUUAUUAAGCCAUAAAUACUGACAGGUCCUUUAUUAUUUACACUAAUACUUGCUGAGACCUGUUUCUGGUCUCAAUUCUGGUUUUGAUUUGGUGUAUUCUUAUAUAAUGUGUAAAAUAGAGAUAUCAUGGCGGGUUUUAAACUUAUUAAAUCAAAUAUAAAGCAGAGAAAGGGGAUAAAAACAAAGAUAAGUACCAAGCAGGGGCAGUCGAUGACUUUCAGUGAGGCCAGCUACAUCUUUUUGGAGCUGCUUUCAUCAAAAGUAGAGGGUUUAUGGUAAAUCACUAGUUCAGACAUCAGCUUUCAAAUCCAUCCGUCAUAGUAAAAAAAUCUAUUCGGCAGCUGUGGAGAAAUCAAUGCCUUGAGUCAAGAAAACUGUCUUAGUUAAAGACUCGUGGGUGUAGAUUUGAAAAAGUGUAACACGAGUAAUCUUUAAGCUGCAGGUGGAACAUUCACACCUUUGGAAAGUCGCCAUAGUGUGCCAUGUUAAGAGGAUAUUGAUCCUGCAAGUCUUAGACCUCGGGCUUCUCGCUCAGUGUUUCCUAGAGUUAUUGGAACUCACAGGAACAGGAUGGAAACAGUCAGCGGAGUCUGUUUUUGCUUCAGGUUUCUGCUUGUCAAAAGGGUUUCCUCACCACUGUUACUCGCUUAAUUUUGCUAAGUGCUUUUCCCAUGCUGAACUAGUGUUAGGUCUUUGUCAGUAUUAUAACAAUAAGACCUAUUCUCUCUGUAGCAGAUCAAAAUCAGACAUACUCUGGAGCUUGCAUGGUUUGAAAUGGAUCUUUAAUAUUAAUAUACACACCUAAUUUUUGUCUAUGUUGCUCAUACAUUUAAACAUAAGUGAAACCCCCCAUUUGCUUUCAAAUCUCAAACUGUUACCUCACCUGAGUUUGUUAUGGAAAAAGACACACAUAGAAGACGAUAAAAGUGUUGUGUAGCUAUACAUCAGAUGCUUCCUUACUCUGAAAAUAACAACCUGCAAACUUUUGUUUUCCAGUCGAUCUUUGCCUCUGAAGUCAGCUCAGUGAGGCAAAAUAUAAAUUUUUAACUACAUCUCCACAUCAUAAAAAUAAACCCUGCAUGUUUACGGUAUGUAGGAAUGAGGAGAAGGGGGCGUUUACAGAAUAAUAUUCCAGAUAAGACAGCAAAAAAAAAAAAAAAAAACCAACCAGGAGAAAGGAAAGCCAACUAGAAGAAAAGCCUGAAGGUUGCAGGCAGGUCUGAAAGCCAGUGAAGUGAUUGAUAUACAAAGUCAGCUAUGAGGGACCAUCCUAAUUACUCGAGGUUUGAAUGUGACAAGCACCCCUCUACAAGUCCAAUUAAAGCUCAGGGUCAGAGGCCACCCGUAGACCCGUGUUUAGGAUUGUGUGGGCUGAAUGAAGCGGAAAACCUGAAACAGCAGUACAAAGUUCAUAACACUUCCUCCUCCUUCUCCUCCUCUGCACAGCUGAAAGUGUGCCAGCCAAGGAGUGUCGCUUUAAUCAGAAGACUAAAGCGCACCGGGGUCUGAUAAGGUUGUUGUAACCGAGAGGAGCCAGUCACCCACGGCGGGUUUGAUCUUCUGUAAUUACAGGAUAUGCUUCGUGGUAAAAGUCAACUGAGCGAGAUAAUGUGUUACAGUAAUGAGGUGAUUUAAUCACAUUAGGGCUUGGUCUGUAAAUCAUCAGCUGAGGAAGACACUAGGUUGAUGUAGACCUCUCUGACCUCAGAAAACUGCAGAGUUUAACCUUUAAUACUUGCCUCGAUUAUUUAGUAUUCCUUAUCCAUGACAUCUGGCAGGGAAAUAUGUAGGUCAUUAUGGAGAUGUACAAUAAAAGUCUUUAAGAAAGCUAAAAAUGUCCGGUUCCUGAACUCUUUUAGGAGUCAGAACAUCAUGGAUGAAAUACUUUUGGAGUUUUAAAUUGCUGGUCUGAAGAUUAUUUAUUUAAUAAUUCAGAGAUUAUUAUUCAACCUUGAUCCAGCAUGGUCUCAGUCGUCAGGGGCAGUGGGUUUGGUAUACCUCACAAUCAGUACUACAGCAAUUUGUGUUCAACUAUCAUUCGGGUUGCUGGCAGCAUGGCAAAAACAGACGGAGCUACACAUCUGCAUACAAACUGCACAUUGCUGAACAUAAUGAAGCCUUCAUGCUGGAUCACAGCUCAUACCCUGGUGCAGCUUAUUUUCUGGAUUGUAUUGAAGUUGUUUUAAAAGCCUUAAAGUCAUGCUUUGAAAUAGAUGGCAGAUAAAUUAAUUUAAAACAGUGUACAGGCAUGGUGUAAACAAAACAAAUUAUUAUAUUGUAUAUAGGUAUGGUACAAAUGAGAGAUUUGGAGUAUUCUAGGUACAUAUAAGUGCAUAUUUGUGUGGAUAUAUGUGGAUAUAGGUAUGAAUGUAUAUCUGUAUAUUUGAGGUCUUUGUUUCAGUAUUAAUUAUUUGUUACAUAUUCAUGUUUGAUUUUGGAGCCUUGGUUACUUUUUUGCGACAUCAGAAAUUCUAAAACUCUAGAGACAUGUGAAAGGUAAACGAAUAGGAAGGAAUGAGGGUAGGUACAUACAAGCUAAACAGCUUCAACCUACUCCUUUUCGAUCUCCAAAAAAUAGAGAAUUUCUUGCCUAAAAUGGUAUUGUAUGUAUAUUUGAUCAAAUAAACAAUCUUUCUCUCUCAAAAUAAAAACUACUUGAUUACAACAUAACAAGAUCAACAAAGAAAUAAGAGGUCCUGCUUUGGCAAUAGGAGACUCAAAAGCCAGCGUCAUAAUCUCCUCGGGAGUUUUAGCGAGUACUUAGUAAACUGUGAGAGUAUUGCAUUCUCUGACUCAACCGCUGCAGUUUUCAUAUCAUCAUAUCUGAAAGAUUAAAUCCAGUAACAUCAUUAAAAUCAAAGCUAUUUCCUGUGAAAUGUCAUUCACCUUAAGGGUAAAAGAGCAAAUAUCAUAUUGAUUUAAUCUACAUGCGUCACUCUUGUUCAGACUGAGUCAUGACAUGCGGUGUGUCAGACACUUCAACUGAAUCAUCCCCUGAGCUAAUCCUUAGACUUGUUGAUAUCAGCCCAGCAGUGAGACGUUUCGCUUUAGACUUGCUCCAAAACAUACACGUUAAAAUUGAUCAGAUCAGUUACAACUUUUACACGCUAUAAAGCUUGUUCCAUAACUCAUCUAAAUUGAAGAUAUUAUGGCCAUGAGUUAUACAUAGAUCUAUAAAUUGUCUUACAUGUACUCCACCUCUUUGCUUGUUUCUAUGCCAACUGAGAGUUAGGUUUGAGGUACAGUGUGUAGAGAAAUUGGGAUAAUUGGCAGUUGACAGAUAUAUUGCUUUUCCAGUACUGAUACUAGCACUGAUAUUUCAUGAUACCAACAACCAAUAUGUGGGACUGAUAAGACUUUCUGUCAAAAUAUAAAAUUUUAAAUACCACAAACUGCAAGACAAAGUUUUAACAGGUUAGGUGUCUCAAGAAAACACACUGAGAGGGAAAGACGCACUGGCAGUGGAGCCAAGGCAAAAGGCCAAUUUUGGCUCUGAUAAUAAUUAGUCUAUCCCCGUCAUAGAUAUUGUAUGUAGUAAUACCAUAUUCCAUGCCUGUUUUGCUAAAAGCCACAAAAUACUUCAUUCUCCUCAGCAUUUCCAUUACGGUGACUGCUAUUGUUUUCAACACUUCUUUAGAAACCAGUGUGUGACGUUACCAGGAAUGCAUCCAUGUUUCAAACAGGCUAUGAUUGAAACCAAUUAGGCUGCAUUCAUGAAAUCCAUGUCACUCAUUACAUUAAACAGUAUGUGUAAAUGGAUAGAUAAUCUCAAGACUAUUUAGGGAAGGAGCUUUAACGAGGCAGACAUGUUGAAUAUAUCACAGAUGACUCAUUUCUGCGAUCCCAACAUCACAUGCAUAUGUAAUAACAGAGUCUGGUUCUUUGUGAAGAUGUUGAUACCUUCAGUAACUGACCCUACUGCGAUCAAUUAUUCAUGCCACUCCUAUUUGUUUUACAGAAGACACAAACCAAAACUGUGUUUCAGUCAGAGCACAAUGAAUUUUCUCUCUUUGACAGCUCUGUUUACCGGUCGGAUGAUCUCUUCUCUGUGUUUAAUAAACACUUCUGGAGCGGCUUCCUUCCUGGCAGCAGCAGAAUCUGCUUUGAAAAGAUUGGAAACGUUGCUUGAUUUACGAUUACUGGGCAUCCGAUACACUAAUUUGAAGACCACAAGCUGAAUUUAGAGACAGUAAAGCUGGUUUUUAUUUUUUUUUUAAAGAUUUUGUUAUUUUUCUUUAGAAUAGGCUUUAGGGGACACCUGCAUGGUGACUAGAGGUGACUGAACCUUCUGGUCAACUGUAAACAUAGACAUUACCACUAAUAAUAGCUCACACAAACACACACCCGGUGUUUAUUGGGGGGUAAUUGACUUCAGUUCAGCCGCUGUGUGACCUGUUCAUUCCACUCUGCUGUCACAGGUUAAUCACUGUUUGUCACCUUCUGGACAAGACUGUGCAAACCUCGCUCGGUACAGCUCCAAAUUAAACCACACCUAGUCCAAUAAACCUGGUUCCUGAAAUGUUUACCAAGAAGAAUCAUGCCGCCUAAUCCACAUGGGUAAAGGAGGGUUCGGUUAAAGUAUGACUUUUUGGCAUCAUUAAUCAAAUAAAACCAAAGUACAAGUGAAUAUUUUAUGAAUUUAUUUGGACGUAGUGGUUGAGUAAUGUCAGUAUUUCAAUGGCUGAUACCAAAGCCAAUAUUUACAGAGCAGGUAGGUCGAAAAUUGGCUGAUGCCAAUUAUUUCAGAAUGCCAUUAAUCGUCCCAGUUAAUCAGCCCAACAAAUAAGUCGGUAUUUCUUUAUGAGGUAGUUAACCAACUUGUAAAACCUUGUGGUUGAGCCUAAAACACCCAAAAGAAAUCAGCGGAGUGAUGCAGAUUGAUCCUGUAAUGCUUACGGUCAGUGUAUCUUGGUAGAUGGUGAAGCCAGCCAAAUGCUUAAGUGUCAGUAUAGUAAUUCCUGACCAAGGCUAAACACAAAAUCAUUGGCACAGGGUGAACACGGCUUUCUGUGAUUACUACAGCCACCCAGCUAACUUAGAAAACAGACUUUUGGUUAUUUUUUUAAUGCAACCAACAUGGCUACCUCAUGUGGACAGCUCAUGCCAGAAAACAGAAUUUCACCCUCCUCAGAUAAAGUUAGGUCAAGAUUCAGGAGUAAGAGCCUGGAGCUUUAACAGCAGUGUAUCGAACCUUUGCUCUUGUUGCUCCUAAACUGGGUCAAGAUCCUCACACAGUUACACUACUCUUUUAAUGCAUAAUGCACCAACUCUCCAGUAUUUCUGUUGCCGUGUUUGUAGAGUUCAGUGUGAACCACAUCAGUAUGAAUCUGCAUACAGAUAUAAUUCCUAAAUGAUAAGUUGUACUAUUUUUAUCAUUUAUGGUCAAGAGGUGAAAUGCUUCAUGAAUCAAACCCAGAGAGAGGUUUUUAAGGCUCAGGAAAGACUUCAAAGGAGAGAUGAAUAAGUUUGCCGGUAGGAUUGUGUGUGUUAGUGUGUGAGUGUGUUAAUGUCCAGGGUGGAGCAGGAAGUUUUAAAAGUUCCUUUGACCUGAGUCACUGUCAGAUCACAGCAGGGUGGCUACAGUGCUGACUGUGCUCUUUGAAGGAGAGUUGCACUUUAGUUUUCAGACUUUCAUAGCUAGCAUUGUGUCUCAGUUUUUCCUCAGCACAUCAGAAAAAAGGAUAUGAUACUUGUCUCCUUUAUUUCCUAAUCUCAACUCUUACAUAUUUUUGGAUUUCUGGUCAUAGAUAUUGAACAUGUAAACGAUUUCAAAGCAGAGGGGCCCAGAUAAUCUUACGAGCACACUGAGGAGGGUAAAAUCUCUUGAAACAUACGUCACAUUACAGAUUAUCUGACAAAAUAAUCCUCAAAACAUCAGGCUUUUACAAUCUAUGCCUGGAGAGGAGUCAGGCCCAAAAUUGAAUGGAUCAUCAUGUCGUGUACCCAUCAUAAUACGUGUCCACCAUGUACUCUGCUGAUCCAGUUUUAUCCACAGCUGCAUUUUUAUUUAAUGAAGAGAUCACAAAUGAGGUUCUGAAUUAGGUUUUCUUGAAUCUGGGGAGGCACCUUAAUGUUCCAACAUGACUGUCUCUCUUUCUCUCAAAAUGUAUGAAAAGUGUAAUUUAACUGUUCAGAAAGUUUUUGCAAUAGGGAAAUGUUUUACUUUAUCCCUUAAUGGAACUCCUGUUGUUUUGAAGUUGCUUAGUGCCAUUUUAAAUCUGUUUUUUACAACCUGAGAGGUGAGGGAGAAUUGACUCGACAGCUAAUGAAAUGGAAAACAAAAGCAUUUCCAUAUUGCAAGUGUAAUUGCCUGGAGUCAUGGGAAAAUAACUUUCUGCAUAGUCAUUAAAUGAUACCCUUCAGAGUCACUGACUUGAUAUGCAAUGGUUGACUUGCCGUGUUAUGUAUCAGUAUUGGAAUUACACUGCAGGCAAUAAUAAUAAUAAAAAAACUCAUACUGUUUCACUUUCAGCUGUCUCUUCUGCCGACGGCUGCAUUUUUAAAGUUUCUGAAAUUUCACCUUUUCCUUUAUGUGCUUGUCUCUUUCUCACUCUUAGAGCAGUGUUGGGACCCCUACUGGACCUUUCUCCUCCUGCCCAGACUUUAAUGAUGGUGGUAGAUUCCCUUGAUGUAGGAUUUGAGGCAGGCAUGGGAGGUGGGAAGAGCGGCUCCAUUGCAGAGCUUCUGGCCGCCAACCAACACCUAUUGCCUGGCUGGCUGCUGCUUGUCUGCUCUGUCCGCCGCCACAACAAAGCUGUGUGCAAGAUGUUCUCAGGUAGGAAAGAAAGAUAGCUGCAAAAAAAAAUGAAAAAUGUUUCUGGAUCCAGAGCCAUAAGAGUUGAAUUUAAAGCCUACAUUUAUUGGAAAUUGUGCCAAAUGUUAAACUGAAAAAUAUGAUUGUUUUAUAAAGAACUAUGCUCAUUUAAAUAGGCAGUUCAAAACAUGUUUCCAUUAGAAGACCAAAAUCUUGAGUUAAAUUUUGUCCCCUAGAUCCUUUAAGUCUUUGAAAGACAUUUAGUGUUAAAGAUUAGUGUUUACAAAGUGUCCCAACGCUUGUGGAAUUGGUGUUGUAAUGUAUGUUGACAGGAAAAAGAUGAGUUAAGUAACAUAAGGCUGUCAAAUUUAUUUGUAAGUUAUACCAUAGCACAUCCAUACCUUUAUGGUAAAUAAAAUGAAAGCCCUUUUACUGCAUAAUAAAAAAACUACUAGAUUAGUAAUGUGUUUUCUAAUUUUACCCUGGUUAUGAUUUUUGCACAUGGGGUCCUUGAUUUUGACCCUUUUAUAUAAUUAGUAUUGCAGUUAAUUUCACCAUCCACAUUAACGAUGCAUCAAACUGCAAGUUCAGAAAAACCUAUCUGUAAAGACUUACACUGAUGAAUUUGACUCAUUAGUGCCUGAUAAUAGCCUUUACAGAAUAGAGAAAAGCAUCUUUGUGCUCAUGCAAAAAUAGCAAAAAGGAUCUUUGAAAGAGUUUAAAGCUGGUGCUCGAUUGAGUGCUCUGGUUAUACGCCCCAGCUUUGCUUGUGCAAUGAAUUAUAAAUGAGGGAGAUGUGUUGUGUAAUGGAAACUAAUGAUCAGAUUAUACAGCACAGACUUUAUCUGCUAAAUUUAAAAUGUAAAGCACUCCAACCGAGGUCUUCUCAUCCAUUAACACUUUUGCAUUAUGAUACAUUCCAAAUGUAAUAGUACACAAUAAAAUACAAAGAAAAACUUUCAAGCUAAAACAAAAGUUCUUCUCAGUGAUUCAGCAUUCUGUAGGCCAUCUGUUUUUCUGACUUUGGUUGUUAAACUAAAUUAUUAAAUCUGGGGAAGAGACAGAGAAAGAAAAACAAAUGCACCAAAAUAACUUUUAAAACUACGUUGGCAUUCAAAACCUGUAAUUUUCUAUGUUGCAGGAUUUCGGAAGCUCUGUCUGGAUGAUCUUCGCAAGCCUCCCCCAGUCCGUGACGUGCAGCAGUAUAUCCUCUGCCGGCUGGAUGAAGAGGCAGCACUCCGCCGUCAACUCACCCCUGACACUGCUGACAUGUUGAAUCUUCUGCACAUCAAGAGCGGCGGCUGCUUGCUUUUCCUUGAGCGUGUGCUGGAUGGUGUGGCAGGUGCACUGGUGGGUCUCAGGGAGAUUCGGGACAUACCUGGGACUCUGAAUGGCCUCUACCUUUGGUUGUGCCAAAGACUGUUCCCUCGGGGGCUCUUCGUCUAUGUCCGGCCUCUUCUCAAUGUCCUUCUGGCUGCUCCUCAGCCCCUCACACCCCAACAACUAUUCACAGCAGUUUGGACGCAUGACAACUUGCUCAGCCUCCAGGACUUCCAAAACAAGCUGCGAACCCUCUCUCCUCUCCUGAUCGAUGGUCCUGAGGGCACCAAACUACUUUUUCAUGCCAGUUUUGCUGAAUGGCUGACAGAUGUGAAGUACUGCACACAGAAGUACCUGUGUAGCAAAACUGAAGGUCACAGUAUGCUUGCCAUGGCUAUGACUUUGCAAGGACCCUACUUGGACAUUGAGGAUACUUGCCAGCUAGCCACACAUUUAGUUUGCUCAGGUCACCAUAAAGAAAACCCUUCAUUAUUAGCACUCUGGAUGCUGUGGGCAGAUAUACCUGUUUUUUCUCCCAGCAGCAGUGGUACUUUCAGCACACCCUCAACCCACCCUCCUGUGCUGGUCAGCCAGGAAGUCCUUCAGCUGUUAAUGAAAAGUGGGCUGGUCCCUGCAGCCUUUUUUGCAGAUGCUGACCCAAGUGUUGAAGUGCAUUGUCUCAGUGAAAAUGAUAUGAAAUCACAGCAGGAAUUUGAAAAGGAACUGUCGAUAAAGAAGCUGUUAGACAGUGGGUUGUCUGUAACACAUAUUGGUUCCUUAGAUGGACAGACCUUGCUUGCCAAUGCAGCCCAUGAAGGUUCUGCAAAUGUAGCUGAACUUCUCCUUACACAUGGAUACAGUCCCCUGGAAAGUGACGUUCAUGGUCAAACCCCACUGACUUUGGCUUCUCGACAGGGUCAUGUCAAAGUUUUAUCUGUGCUCCUGGAGUGGGCCAAGAACCAGGAGCAUGAAACUGCAGUGCAGAUGAUGGAACAUGUUGACAAUGAAGGCUGGACAGCGCUGCGUUCUGCAGCUUGGGGUGGUCACAACGAGGCCGUCAAGCUCCUUCUGAAUGCCAGAGCAGAUGUGGAUGGAUGUGACAGUGAGGGUAGAACUGCUCUAAGAGCUGCUGCCUGGGGUGGUCAUGAAGAAAUUGUUUUGACCCUGUUGGACUUUGGGGCUGAGGUUGACAAAGUUGACAGCAAAGGCCGGACACCCCUUAUUGCUGCUGCUUAUAUGGGACAUCAUGAAGCUGUGGAGAUUUUGCUGGACCAUGAUGCAGAUGUUAACUUAGCUGACGGAGAUGGGCGAACAGCUCUGUCAGUUGCUGCCCUGUGUGUUCCUACAGCAGCAGGUGUCAAAGGUUAUGGUGAGGUGGCGAGUUUGUUGCUCGAGCGUAGAGCAGAUCCGGGCCAUAGAGACAACGAUGGUAUGACACCAUUGCUUCUGGCAGCUUAUGAGGGCAAUGAUGACGUAGUUGAGCUACUGUUGGAAGCUGGUGCUGAUGUGGAUGAGACUGCUGGCCUUGAUGGUAACUUCUCUGCUGCAGCUGCUGUUACUCCCCUGCUAGCAGCUGCAGCGAUGGGUCACAUGAAGACAGUUUCAAGGCUGCUCUUUUGGGGGGCAGCUGUAGAUGCCAUCGAUUGUGAGGGCAGGACAGCCCUUUGCCUGGCAGCAGCAAGAGGCAGCGUUGAGGUUGUCCGUUCCCUGCUGGAUCGAGGCCUGGAUGAGAACCACAAAGAUGACCUUGGCUGGACUCCACUGCAUGCUGCUGCAUGUGAAGGCCAUCGGGGUGUAUGUGCUGCCUUGACAGAGCGAGGCAGCAUGGCUCGUGUUGGAGAAAUGGACAUUGAAGGACGCACCCCUCUUAUACUGGCUGCUCAGGAAGGUCAUUGGAGUACUGUUAGGCUGUUGUUGGACAGACGUUCUCCCAUCGACCACAGAGCGUAUGAUGGACACUCUGCCUUGAGUGCUGCCUUACUUGAGGGGCAUGCUGAAGUUGCAGACCUGCUUAUGAGGCGAGGUGCUGAUACUGAUGUACGAGAUGCAGAGGGAAGGCCCCUACUCUACCUCCUGGUGUUGGAAGGCCGCCUUGAAAUGGCUAUAUUACUCAUAGAGAAAGGUGGAGUACCCUUGGAGUCCAGAGACCCUGAGGGCCGUACAGCACUUCAUGUUGCUUCAUGGCAGGGAAAUGUGGAGAUGGUAGACCUACUUUUGAAGCAUGGAGCAAACUCUAAUGCACAGGACACAGAGGGGAGACCACCACUGCAUUCCAUGGCUUGGACGGGACAUGCUGAAGUAGGUCGUCAUCUCCUAGAAGCUACUGGCAUCAAUAUUGAUCUUGCUUGCCACCAGGGAGCAACAGCUUUGAGCAUCGCUGCUCAGGAGGGGCAUGUUAACAUUGUUGCAAUGCUUCUGGAAAGAGGAGCAAACCCCAAUCAUAUGGAUAAAUAUGCCCGUAGUCCAAUCAAAGUGGCUGGGAAACACGGCCACUUUAACAUUGUCAGGCUUUUGGAAAGCUAUGGAGCAAAGCCAUAUGUGGCCCCAUUAACCACUAGCACUUUCUCCCCAAUAAAGCCCAACAAGAUCUUCUCCUCAGGCAUCUCAAAUAGUAAUAGAGGUGAAAUCACCACUACCUCCUCCUCUUCAGUUUCUUCUCCUGGCUCCACCACUGAACGAUUCCACUCCAUGCAGAGCUCCCAAACCUCAUCUACUUGCCACUCUCUGGCCACAGUUCAGACAGUGCCGGCCGACAGUCUCAGCUUCAUUCAGCAGAUUCAACAGCACUCACUCCCACGCAGUCGUAGCCGUCCCUCCACCCUCCCUCCACCUGGGAGUUGCAUGGGCAGCCUCCAUGGAAGCAGCCAGAGGCAUCCCAAAGGCAGCCCACCUACAGUUUGUACAGUCACUGCCAUGGUGCAUAACUGUGAACUGCCUCAGAAAAGCUUGUCUGGACUUGAAUAUAAUGACAAACUGUACAAAAAACACUCGACUCAUAUAAAUAAUGACAGGACUACUUAUACUGGUGGAAAAUGGCAAUCCGUCAUGACCUCCUUGGGGAUAACGCCAGGGCAAGACAACCCUGCAGUAGGUGCUAAAGGCCUAGAGAGCCCCCCUCUGGGCUACCCACACAGGCUCCAAAGCUCACUUCAAGGGAAAGUUUGGGAUUCUAUACCCAAAAAGAACAUUUUGUCACCUAAUUGCUACAGUUUUAACCCAGUCUCACCUUGCAGUGCCUUGCCACAAGACGUUAUGGUUGCUAUGACAACUGCUGAUCCACAGCUUAAUCUGAAACAGGCCAUUAAACUGCAGUUUGAGGGUCCCACCAGUGCAGCCUUAUACAAGAGAGAGACACCCCUGUAACUGACUGUCAAGUGUGACCAAAGCUGCUACACAAAAGUAAAUUUUAGUCCUAAAAUUUAGCAGCCAUUCAGAAAAAGACAUUUAAAUGUGAGUAAUUUCCCAAAAUACUUGCUUUUACAAGACUUUUUUAUCACUCCUAAAUCAAUAUUUUAACUCUGGCUUGAAUACAUGGAGGAUUUCAGCUGACCAACUGAUAUCAGUUUUUUUUUCCCAUUACGUCACAGAUUAUCCAGUUUUCCAAAGAAAGUGUUGUUUUUAAUGAAAUACAGUGAUUUGCAUUUACAGAAAUUUAAGGUCCAUUUGCAGUAUAUGUGGGGUUUUUUUUCUUGGGAGAAAAUUGACAUUUCAGCAGUUCAGUGAGGUGGCUCUCACUGGAUUUUAGUGACUCUCCUGGUUUGUUUUAGAGUCCAAGUGAGCUGUUUCUUAACCCAAAGCUUCAAACGUGAGGAUGUACUUCAGUGCUUACAUGAGCUUACACCUUUCUGCUUUGUUUGUUGAGCAAGACUUUGCUUUUCAUUUCAAGUAAAGACUACUUCAUUUUCCACCUGGAACUUAUUUUUCCCAAGUGUUGAAGUCUUUAUUAGCUCUACAUUGAAAAAACACUGCCUAUAAUCGAGCACAAGUUUUUAGGUAGGAUAUGUUUUGAAUUAUUUUUGCCACUAAAGAUUUCUUUUUCUGUGGGGUCAACGUCUUUGUUUAGGAGCUUGUGGCCUUGAUUUUUAUUAAAGCCUUUGAUAUUUACUAUAAACUGGCCUAUAUCCCCGAUGGGCUUGUUGCUGACAACCAAAAUCAUUUUACUGAAAUGCAAGCCUUCCAAAGCCUGACCCAGUGAGUGUUUAUGAUACAAACUUUAAAGGACAGCCAAGCUAACUGAACCAAGUUGGCUCCCCCAGCAUGUCUGUGAGCAAGCAGGAAGAAAAAGGAAAAUUGGACUGUAAAAACUGAGGCUGGCUGUGGGAGGGUUGUUUAUGCUGAACUUGUUUGUGAUAAAAAAAAACAUUUUUUUUCCAUUGAACUAAUAUUUAAUUAUACUCAUUCAUUAAAGUGCCAUGAAGUUUUCUGCUUUUGCUGUGUCUUCCUAUUUGUGAAAUUGUUUAAAUGUUUAAUGUCCUGCACUGUACAACAAAAUGUCAUGGAAAUCUUUUGAUGUGAAGCAUCAUGCAGAGAUAAAAAGGCUGACAGUAGCUGGUGGUUGCCACAUAGGAUUACAAAACCAAGCGCCCAAAGACCGGUAUAGACUAAAAAGAGGAGGGUUUGGCAGACCACGUCCAAAUUAACUGAUCCUAUGUGGUUCCAAAUGUUUGAUCUGUUAAAUACUUCAUGGAUAUUUUAUCUUGGUAGUUAAACUUCUGCAGUUUACAUGCACAGGUGUGCUGAACUUAAUGCCAUGAGGAGCUCUCCUGUCAAUAUUUGCCCUGACAAACAUCUAUUGCCUUAAAGACUAAGUUAUGCUUUUCUUUCUCUAGAGAGCUCAGAGCUUUUCUCCCUUUGUGCUGUGAAUGUAAUUACCUUCUAAAGCUUUACAGCCAACUGCUUCUUCUUUUAACUUUUUUUUUGCUCCAGAAUCAUGAUUCAUUAUAGUUUUUUACCAAGCAGGCCUUUUCACACAUCCAGAUACUUGUUGUCAGCAGGUCAUAUUUCUUAAAUCAACGUCAACUCAGUUAAGUACAGCAAGUUCCGCGCAUUUUCUUUUAUAUCCUGGAGGUAAGCGCUAUAGCAGUUUGAUAUGAUGGUGUAACACAGAAAAGGUUUUUGUCUAUUUCACUGAACAGAGCUUCUUCAGCCAUUAUCGAGUCAUUUAAAAUGACAGAAAAAAACCCACACUUAAACAUAGAUUUUAAUGAAGACUAACAAAUAAAUGCACCACAAGAAAACUCCAUAAAAAGGUAAAAAGUUGGUCUGGUUUUGGGGUGUCAGUUCUCUUCAGAAGAGCAGUCAUCACAGGAAUGGACGCUAGCAUCUCUCUAUUUUUGGUAUCACGUAACUGCUCAAGUGAAAGUUUACACAGUCUGAGGCUAGAUUUGAUGUGCUGAAUUCUAAACCAUGUUUGUGAUGAUUACAGCUAUACAUCUGUGUUAUUUGAAAGCUCUUACCCCCUUUUUAUACAAAAUGAAGCUUUUGAUAUGGUGGAGGAAGAUAGCAGAUCAAAGGAAAGCAGUAAUGCUGUCUGCAUGCUACAAGUGUACGAUUGUAUGCAUACGGCUGGGAAGUCACGCAGCUCAAAUUGGUGCUGACAGGUGUGUUGGAGCCUUUUUAAAGACCAGCUGGAAAGGUCGGCUGUAGCUUUUAACUAUAGUGCUGCUACUCUAUAUUUUUUCUGGGAGAAACGUCAGCCUACUCACUGAUUUUAAUGUAAGGUAAGUGAAAAGGGCAAACAUGUUUUGGAAAAUUUGUUUGCAUAAAGAAUCACCUGCCUUACCUGGUUGACAGGUUCCAUAGAUAAACAUCAUUCUCAGUCAGGUGCACAGAGCUCGGGAACAAAAAUUAAUUUCAGCUUGUUUGGAGACACUUAAGCAAUAUGUGCAGCCUGAGAAAGUAGGAGCCUCUACUACUGUUAAAACCUGCAGCGCUCAAUAACGAUCUAGUGUUUUUAUUUUGGUGACUUGUGUGUAGGAGCCCAGUCAUUUCCAUAAUGCUUCCUCUACAGCUUGAGGGUGAAUAUGAGUCAAAGCAGCAGCCUAGUUGAAUUCGGUGAGCACUGGUUUAUGACGUUCCCACGUGAAUUGUUAAUCUUCAAAUUGAACAGUGGCUCCUAUCAGACAAAACACCCCAGUAUAAAACUAUAUUUGUCUGUAUUUUGUAUUGGGAUUUUAAAAAGAUAGCCGUCAGCUGCAGAGAAAGAGUGUGUUAUUGGCAGCUUGUGAGCGUGUGAAAAUCCCUGCAUAUUUUAUUCAGUUCAUUCUGCAGAGCUGCAACCGUGUUAACUAUAACUGUAUGAUGUACAAGGAUUUAUUUGGAGACUUUUACAGGGCUCUCAAGUCUCACGCAUUCAGCGUGAGACACACGCAUUCCCACCUGUUCACACGCUCACACGCCACACAUUGUAUUUCUCACGCAUUUAAAUGAACAUGGUGAUGUCCACCAAGUUGCACCUCUUUAACUAUGGAACAGGGGGAAAUCAACGGAGUUUCUCCGAGAGUUCAGAAGCUGCGUGCCACGCGCAAGCCAAUCAAAUAAAGUAUAUCUACUGAACAGCCAAUCAAAAAGCAGCAUUGCUGUAUCUGGGUAAAUUUUGAUAUCUUGACAGACACUUGCUGAAAUAGAGCAGGUUUUUAUAAGGACGAGAUAGACCCGAUGAUUACAGUAAGUCAGUAACCUACACAUGCAGAGACCUCAACACCUCAUGGCAGAUAAACUCAUAUGAUAAACUAAAGCCCUAUGCUAUUGCUAUUAACAGCUGCAUUGAUGAAUUUAGCCUCUGUACAGCCAUUUCCCCUCCACAAAAGCAGCAUUUCUCAUAUAUUCUUUUUAAAGUUCUGAUACUCGUGACAGUGUAAUGCUGAUAUACCAAAGGAUUAAGUAUCUCCAUGUCUGUGAAACCUAUACUAAAGUACAAUUCAUCUAAAUGCUCCUCAGUGCUGAUUUUAACAACUCUCCUCCACAACAGAUAACUUUACUACUUUAUUCUUAAAGUCAUUAAUGACUUUAUUCUCCUAAAUAAUAACUUUAAUCUCAAAGAUUUAAAAAUGUUUUUUUCUUUCUUAAUGUGGCCCUCAUACUCCAUUGUAUUUAUUAGAUUAUUAUACUAAUAAUUAUCUUCAAUCACUCUUCGACCCCCCCCCCCCCCCCCAAGGAAAUCUCACUCCAAGCUUAGUUCAAA